UCUUCGAUUCUUCGAGUCGUUUACAAUUCAGGUGUUUGUUUUGAUCUUGUCGUGCCGUAAUUAAAGAUAUACCGUUUGAUAACGAUAAAUUCAUUUAACGAUCGAGACUAUCUUACAUAUAAUUCUCACGAUACUCACUAUCUAGACAACAUUCCGACCGAUUGCUCGAUUCCGUUGUCUCGUUCUUUGCCUCGAUCAUUCGUCUACCUCGCGAUCAAUCUGUCGGAGCAAUGAAGAAAGUGUAUUUAGCUGCUGCUGCUAAUUGUUUGGCGAUGAUGUCGUAUGGCGAAUUCUUCGGUUGGUCGUCGCCGUCGUUGCCUCUGCUUCAAGGGAAAGACAGCCCGGUGCCCCUGACGCCGGAAGAGGCUACGUGGGUCACGUCGUGCCAAAUGUUGGGUGCAAUGCUCGGUUGUUUACUAUGCUCUUGCGUUAUCAACAAAAUCGGCAGGAAGUGGACCGUGCUUCUUACAGCUGUGCCAGAAAUAGUAGCGUGGCUUAUGAUCGGCUUCGCCUCAUCCGUUUGGGAGUUGUACAUCGCGAGGCUCGCCUGUGGCCUGAGCACCGGUUCCGGCUACGUGUGCACUACGAUGUACGUUGGCGAGAUCUCGCCAGCUCGUAUACGGGGGAUCUUGACGUCCGCGUUGACAGCGGCAGCGAAGCUCGGCGUACUCAUUGGGUGGACGAUAGGUCCGUUCCUGUCCGUGAGAAAUCUCGCUCUCGUGUCGCUGACGCUGCCGAUUGUCUCCGUGUCGAGUAUAGUCUGGCUACCAGAGUCGCCUUAUCAUUUGAUGCGUCGCGGUAAACGUCAACAGGCGAUCGAAACUCUUGCCCGAUUGAGAGGAACCGCGAACGUGGCCGAAGAAGCGUCGAUCAUAGAGAAGUCUGUGAAAAUAGAUCUGGCGAACGAUACUGGACUAAGAGAGCUGCUGACCGUUUCCGGCAAUCGCAAGGCUCUGAUAGUGGUCGCCUGCCUUGCUCUGAUCCAACAGUGGAGCGGCAGCAUGGCCAUCCUCUCGUACGCGGAGCUGAUCUUCAACGCGACGAACAACAGCUUCGAGGGUAAAUACGUAACGAUGAUACUGGGCGUCGUGCAGUUUACGUGCGCUUUUCUCAGCGCUGCGAUGGUCGACAGUUUCGGCAGACGGACCUUGCUGACCACCUCCAUGUGCGGUACAUUCGUGUCGACCACGCUGGUCGGCGUGUUCUUUUACUACCAGCACUCAGGGGCGAACGUUGACAGGAUCGUUUGGCUGCCAGCGAUAGCGACGAUUCUUUACAUAGUGACGUACGCCGUCGGACUGGCCGCGCUUCCGUUCACCAUGAUGAGCGAAGUGUUCCCGACGAACGUGAAAGCCCUCGGCAGCAUGCUGAUGAUAAUGUGCACGAACGUAUUCGCGUUCACCGUGACGCUCGGCUACCCGAGCAUCGCCGCGCAAUUCGGCAAGCAUGUCGCGUUCUGGGUGUUCUCCGCGGUCAGUUUCGUGGGCAUCGGUUUCGUCAAGUGUUACGUGCCCGAGACGCGGCACAAGACGUUGCAGGAAGUGCAGAACCAGUUGCACGGAGAACAAAUAUUUUGAGGCUCCCUCUCUUUCGAGGAUUUCUGUUCGGUGUACGGUCGAACGGAACCGAUAGGCGAUACGUGAAAUGUUCAAGGUGUUGCAUAUAUUGGGGCAUUUCGAUCGGUUUGUUGCCUUUCAAAAGCUUUUAUAAAGCUGAAGCUCGCUGACGAAUACACUCGUGUCUCGUCGAAUAGAAACGGAAAUAGAAAUAGAUAACCGAGAUAAUAACACUGACGCGAUAUGCUGGAUUGCGCGAACCACUGGCUGAUCCGUGCAGCUCGUUACUACUGACGCUGAUCCCGUGUAAGCCGUCACUACUGCCACUGAUUAUAUUCUACACGCGUAUACGUAUUACGUGGAACGCGAUCACGGUCCAACAGGGAUGUACGGUUACGAAACCAUCGUUCUUAUACGGCUGCAGUCUAUAAACAGUGCACAAAACGCCAACGACAGUGGAUCAAUUCACUUUGAAUCGAAUCGAACGUUGUAGAAACGACAAAGGGAGAAUGAUGGAAAAAGAAGAGAUUUUUGAAAUGUUCGCUCGGUUUUCGGGAAAUGGGUUACGGGAUUUCCAUAUUUCUUUGUCUCGUUUCACGUCGAGUACGCGUCGAGAAUCGAAAGCACGCCAUAGUCCUUAAUGUCUGCGCCCUGGAAUGAAUGGGCAACUCAUGCGUUUGACAAAUGCUUCCGUGGACCGUUGUUUACCAGGAUUACGGUGACGUUCCUGAGGUCUGGAACACCGUUGUCUCGUAUAAAGUAGAAACGACAGUAUUAUGGGAAUUUAUUCGUCAAUUUCUCCUUUCGGAAAUCAUUUGCGUAUCUUUUUAAGGCAU